AUUUUCACCUCUCAGUUGCCUAAUGUAUUACAGAUUUUGCGAUUUGCAUGUUUGGAAAAUCAUUCUAAAAGUCAGACGUUUGGAAGAAAAUCUCAUCUUUUGCAAUCUGUAUCUUGAAAUUAGACGUAUCGGUUCUAUGGGUGUAUUUUUUUGGUUCUUUCAGUUUUUCGUCAUCAUGGGCACGAUGUAUUACACGUUAUGGCCUACUUUGGUGUUUUUUUUAAUCGACUCGAUUUGUAUGUUUUAUUUCGAAGCCUGGGUGACCAUUCCGUAUUUGCAAUUUGUGGGGUGGAUUAGUUUUUUAUGCUAUGUAUCGUGUCGAGUGCAGCAUAGAACAGUAGAUAUCAAUAAAUUGGAAUAUUUAACGAAUUCUGAUUUUUGCGAAGUAAAAAGCAGACUGGCCAAGAUGACUUGGGAAGGAUAUGAAUUUGAGAAAGUUAAACAGAUUAAAAAAACUAUCGGGCUUAUGAAGCUAGUUUUGAGUAUUUCUAGUGAAUUAUCAGCAGCGUAUGGAACGACAGUUUUAUUUUAUAUUGCAAAUUAUGUAUCAAGAUCAAUCAUACAAUUUUAUGAUCUGAUUGAUAAAGAUGCUCAGAAGUUUCCCAUGUGGAUGUCUGCGUGGAAUGUCAUGGUCAGGAUCAUAUUUUUAUUGCCUUUGUUCAUUUGUUGCGAACAUCUGACUUAUAAUGUGAAUAAAACUGUAAAAAUAAUUCAAGAAAUCGUUACACUUCAUCAGCCAUCGUGCUUAGAUUGCAUUUUUCAAAGUUUAACUUUAAGAUUAAAACACCAGAGCACCACAAUACGAAUAUGCGGAUUUUUGAACAUAACGUACAGUAGUUUUCUGAUGAUUAUGACAACUGCAUUAGCAUUCUUACUGCUUCAAUUACAAUUUUAAAAUGGAGCUUAAAAAAGUCAUCGUGUGAUUAAUAAAAUAUACCUUGGUCCCUAAACUAUUUUAAUAACAAAUGUAACUACCUUUUUAAAUACUUAUUUUGUAAAUAAAUUUUGCUUGAUAUUUUGUACUCGAAGUUUUGAUUAA